UUUUGUUGUGUUUAUUGUGCUUUUCUGUUGCUUGCCUUGGUUCUGACUCCUCUUUCUUUUUACCCCUGUACUUUUCUUGAUUCUUUCAGAAUUCUAAGUACUCUUUUGGUUACAGCUGACUGUUUUUUGAGAUGGGGUUUUGAGUGUUUUUUUUUUGCUUCUCUUGUGGAUUUCUGGAGUCUUUGAGCCCAAGAGAUUUGGGAAAUUGUCACUUUUCUUGUUACUGUUUGUGGUUUUUUUUUUUUGCUCUCUUUGAAUGCACUACUCUGAGAUCUAGUGGGGUAUGUCCAUUUUCGCAAGCAUUUGUGCUUUUUAGCUUAGGGUGCAAGGAAAUGUAAAGAGCUGUGGAUCUAUAAAUGCAACUUGACAUGGAGUUGGAUUUUGAAAAAUACUGUAGUUUGGGUCUGAGUCCUAGAACUGUUCUUCCAUCUAAUCAGCGUUACUUGGGAAUUGGAAAGAGAAAUACAAAGGAAAAGCCCGCACGUAGAAGUAACCUUUUGAGCAUAGAGGAGGACUUUGCAGAGAUAAGUUUUGGUGAUUUUCACAGUUUUUCUUGUAAAAGCAUUCCAUAUAGACCUGUUGGUGUGGAAGGUAAUGUAGAGCUGAAACGGGGUUCCAUAUAUCAGAGCUCUGAAGAAGUAAGGAAGACGAAGAAAAUGGGGGCUGUUGAGGGGAGGAGAAAGAUUGAAUUGUCCCGUAGUAGUGAUUCAUCUUUCCCCUUUAGGAUUGUCGACUCCUUGUGUAGUUCAGAUGAGGAAGACCCGGUUCUGGAAGAGAAGAGAUCCCCAGUGAAGUUUUUGAAUUCUGACUUGAAUGCAUCAUCUGUUAGGAGACCCUGCUCUCAGGUUUUCAGUCUUCCCUCCUCCCCGGGUCAUUUUCUCACCAGAGGUGGCUCAUCAGAUGGAUUUUCUGAAAUCGGUUUGAAUUUGGAUAACAGAGAAAAUCACUCUGCUGGAAGUGCAGAAAGAGACUCAAUCAGAGAUUCAAAGUUCAAAUGUGAUGAUGUUGUUGGUCCUCAAAAUGAUAGCAAUGACCUCUUAGAAAGAGAGACGGUUCUGACUUUGUACAAGUCAUUAUCUGCUAAGGUAGCAUUGCCCCAUUCGCCUUCUCAGUCAGAAAGUGAUUACUCUCGGACCAGUCCAAAAGCCCGAUUUAACCCUAUUAGAAAGAUGUUUGAUCCAUUCACAAAGUCUAAAUCUCAGCGAAGUCCUUUGCAUUCUGUAGUAAAGCCUGGUGGAGUCACAAAAGGGCCGGCAAGUGGCAGAAAUAAUAAAACGUUUCGGAAAUCUUUGUUGCAUGACUUUGCAAAUACGACACAGCAUGUGGAGUUGGCAUCUCAGUUUGCCAAGAAGGAAUUCCAUCAUUAUGCAGUGCCAUGUUCACCAGCUCACUUACAUGGACAUCUCAAGUUGGAAACUAAACAUGGGGUGCCCUUUUUUGAGUUCUCAUUGAAGCACCCUGAAGAUGUUUUGGUGGCCAAGACAUGGAAAGUGAACAAUGCCUUUAAUUGGGUGUAUACCUUUCACUCCAUUCACAAUAGAAAGAAGAGUAAUGCCAGUGGAUGGGGAUUGAAAGAUAGCAAUAAAGAAACCUCUAUGGUGGGACAGAUGCAAGUGUCCUGUUACUUGUGUUCAGAACUACAAGAUGGUGGGAAAUUUGGCAACUCUAUGGUAACUGAGUUUGUCUUGUAUGACAUUGCACAUGCAAGGAAAAGUAUCACUGCCCGUGAAAACUCUUGUCAUUCCUCUCAGGCUGCUGAACCUGCCAAAGGUUCUAAUGAAGGCUUGGCUGGGCAAAGUUUGGAGUUGGAUGAUAUGUCUGAUGAUGCAGUGAAGCUCAAAUGUCAAACAAAUCAUGCUUCUAAUCAUGAUGAUUUUGAUGCUGCAGUUCCGUACCCUUGGGCACCUGCAAAUCUGCAUCCUGAUCUUGAAAUAGCAGCUAUUGUUAUUCAAGUCCCAUUUGAGAAGAGAGAAAGUUUGAAAUACAAGAGAGGGGAGAAGUUUAGCAAUAAAGUGCAUUCUGACUUUCUUGAUCUCUCUAUGGUUGAGCAGAAAAAGAAGGACGUUCUUGACAUGAGCCCAGCAAAAGUGAAGGUGGUAACUGCAAGUGGGAACCAUGGUUUGCCAAGUGGUGAUAGUCGAGGCCCUUCAUCAUUACUGGAUCGGUGGAGGUUGGGUGGAGGCUGCGACUGUGGGGGCUGGGACAUGGCAUGUCCACUUAUUGUGUUUGACAAUCCCAGUAUUGUAAGUGUUGAAGAUUGUCCAUUCAUGGAGAAUCCGCAGCCUUUGGAACUCUUUGUUCAGGGAGCCAAAGAGAGAGUGCCUGCAUUGACCAUAACAAGGGUCGAGGAGGGACAGUAUGCAGUUGAUUUUCAUGCACAGUUAUCCACAUUACAAGCAUUCUCCAUUUGUGUUGCUAUGUUGCAUAGUUCAGAAGCUUUCUCUACUACUGGGGAUGAGAAAAACAGACACUUGUUGCAUUGCAAUUCACUGAAAAUGCUUAUAGAGGAGGAAGUAAAAUUCUUAAUCGAAGCAGUCACUGAAGAGGAGAAGAGGAAAGUCCCUAAGCUGGUGGAAGGAACACUGCCACCUUUUGUAUUCAACCCACCCUUUUCUCCCAUAGCUCGGGUCUAGAUCCAGCUUGCUCUGUAAAUCUGAAAUUGCUUCGCUGGAGAAUUCCGGAUCAGGUCUGAUGAUGUGGGCUGCUGGUUCCUUUCAUUUAUACCAAAGGGUUUACUACAAUGAAGGCUCAGAGAUUCCCUUGUGGUAUAAACUCAAGCAGCUUGCUAGGUGAAUUGGAGAUGUUGGGGUUUGUGGGCUGCCAUUUCUUGCCAUUUACAGUGAGGGGUUCCCACACUAGAUGUACUAAAGUCCUCAUCUGGUACCGUCCAAUCUCUUCUGCUGAUUCUAUAGGCAAAUGUUAAACAAAAGGCAAUACUGUCCAUAUUAUUACUCGAUAGAGAGGGAAAAGAGGUAAAUCAUUGAUAAAUAGCAGUUUUGACUUAUGCCUCUGUAAUUUAGGAUGGCCUUGGUGCUGAGAGGGAUAGAUUCUGGAAAUGGCUCCAAAAGAGCUGUCUUUACUCUUUACUUUUGUAUUUGGAGCAAAAAAGAUCAGAACUUUGUAUGGAGCAACUCUUGUAACUCAAAAGUAAUAAGUAAUGGCCAAUUUUAUAUUCUGUCUCAA